AUGAAUGUACAAGAGGCAUUAGUAUUAGACCCAGCUAUUAGAAACUGGGUAGUUAUACCUAUUGCACUUAUAUUGAUAUUCGUCAGUGCUUUAAAGUUUAACAUUGCAAACUUGAUGUCUCAAACUGAAAGAAAACAAAGUCUACAGAAUAUAAUGGAAUUACAAACAAUACUUAGAGCAAAAAGAUUAGCAACCAAUUCAAAUAGAAUACCAUAUCAAUCAUUUAAUUCAAGAAAACAAUAUUUUACAAAUAGAGAAACAGGAAUAUUAAUAGCAAAAGAAAAAAAUACAUCAUCAAAUCCAAUGGGAGUAUUGGGUAAUGCAUUUAAAGAUCAAUCGGGAGUGACUGAUAUGUUGAAAGGUAAUAUUGUAAAUUUUGUACCACAAGUUGGUUUGAUGGCAUGGGUCAACCAUUUCUUUUCUGGAUUUGUUGCUGUAAAGAUUCCAUUCUUCCCAUUGACCAUUCGUUUCAAGACAUUCCUUCAACGUGGUAUUGAAAUGUCAUCACUCGACGUUUCCUAUGUGUCUUCACUCAGUUGGUAUUUCCUCUGUUGGUUUGGUAUGGAGGGUAUCAACUCUAUCCUCCUCGCUGAAAAGUAUCAACCAAACUCGACUCUAUACGCAUCACAACUCGAACAAGGUGUGCCACCACAACAACAACCAAUCACUCAACUCUACACAAACGAACGUGAAAACAUUGAAUUGAUCAAUCACGAUUGGUUAAUGGAAAAUGUUGAACAAAGAUUCUUAAACAAAUUAAAGAAUAUUGAAGAAGUCAAACAAUCCAACAAAACAUCUACAACUAAAUCUUCUUCUUCUUCAUCAUUAUUAAAAGAUAAGAAGAAAAAGUAA